AUGUAUGUAUAUAUAUUUUUUCAUUUACUGUACUUUUCUUUCUAUUCUACAUUCAUUAAUCUUUGUUUCUUUUCAUCUUUCCUGUUUCCUUCCUUCUUUCGUUCUUUCUUUCUUUCUUUUCAUCUUUCCUCUUUUUUCUUUCUUUCUUUCCUCUUUUUUUCGUUUUUCCCUUUCUUUCUUUUCUUUUUUUCUUUCUUUCUUUUUUCUUUCUUUUUUCUUUCUUUUCUUUUUUCUUUCCCUUUCUUUCUUUCUUUCUUUCUUUCUUUCUUUUCAUCUUUCCUUUCUUUCUUUCUUUCUUUCUUUCUUUCUUUCCUUUCUUUCUUUCUUUCUUUCUUUCUUUUCAUCUUUCUUCUUUCUUUCUUUCUUUCUUUCUUUCUUUACGUUUUUCCUUUAACUUUAUUUCUUUCUUUUCUCAUUUCUUUUAUCUUCCUUUUUUCUUUUCAUUUUUAUUUUAUUUUUCUUUCUUUCUUUCUUUUCACCUUUCCUCUUUCUUUCUUUCUUUCUUUACUUUUUUCCUUUAACUUUAUUUCUUUCUUUUUCCCUUUUUCUUUUCAUCUUUCUUUUAUCUGUCUUAUUUCUUUUCAUUUUUUUUGUCUUUCUUUCUUUCCUUCUUUUCAUAUUUCGUUUAUAUUUCUUUCUUUCUUUCAUCUUUCUUUUUCUUUUCAUCCUUUCUUUUAUCUUUCUUCUUUUCCUUCUUUCCCUCUUUCAGUUAUCUUUCUUUUUUUCCCUUUUUUUUCUCUUUUUCUUCAUUCUCUUCAUAUCUCACUCUUUCUAUCUAUCUAUCUAUCUAUCUAUCUAUCUAUCUAUCUAUCUAUCUAUCUAUCUAUCGGUCUGUCUGUCUUUUCUUAUCUAUCUAUCUAUCUAUCUAUCUAUCUAUCUAUCUAUCUAUGUCAAUGUCUUCAUGUCUAA